CUCGGGCAGUCCUUCAGAGCUGCCACGACUAUACCGAGCUAUCCUCCCGUCUCUUUUGCGGAGAAACGUUUAGGAAGCAUUACGUCAACUGAGAAGCCAUCAACCAUGUUCUCCAAGAAAGAGAAAGACGAAUCCGGGUCUCCCGACUACAAUACGAAUUACGAAACAAACUAUGACGAUGCGCCGGAUGUCGUGGAAUGCCCACCGCACACCACAGAGAGUAAACUUGUCACCCGCAUCGAUCUCCACGUCAUUCCGUUUCUCUGUAUCAUGUACCUGCUUGCUUUCCUCGACCGCGUCAAUAUUGCCAAUGCCAACGUCUUUGGGCUGUCGAAAGAGCUCAACAUGGAAGUCAACAACAAGUACAACAAUGCCCUCGUCAUAUUCUUCGUGCCCUAUAUCUUGUUCGAGAUUCCGAGCAAUAUCCUGUUGAAGAAGCUGAAGCCGAGGGUUUGGUUGAGCAUCUGCAUGUUUGGGUUUGGUCUAGUCACCAUGUUGCAAGGAUUUGUUCAGAGCUACAGCGGUCUGCUGGCUGCGAGAUUCUUCUUGGGAGUCUUUGAAACCGGCAUGUUUCCGGGCGCUUUUUACCUGAUUGGAAUGUGGUAUCGGCGACAUGAAGCGCAGAAGCGUUACACCUUUUUCUUCUCAUCCACGACGCUUGCGGGAGCCUUUGGCGGCUUGUUGGCAAGCGCCAUUGGCAAGAUGGAUGGUAUGCGUGGAUACCGCGGUUGGCGCUGGAUCUUCAUUCUCGAGGGUCUCCUCACCGUCCUCGUCUCGUUUUUCUUCUUCUUCCUUCUCCCCAACUUCCCCGAAGAAGUCAAAUGGCUUUCAGAAGACGAACGCGCAUUUGUCAAGGCCCGCCUACAACUCGAUCAAGGCAAAUCCGCGCGCGAACGUCCCAUCACACUCACAGACGUCGGCCGCGCCCUGCGCGAUCCUAAGAUCCUCGUGGGCGGCUUCAUGUACUUUGGCCUCAUCGUGCCCGCAUACGGCUAUGCCUACUUCUCGCCUGCUAUCAUCCAAUCGUACGGCUACUCGCCCAUCCAGACACAACUACACAGCGUACCACCAUGGGCGGCGGCAUUCGGUUUCGCUAUGGUGGUGGCGUGGUUCAGCGACCGCCUCAAGCAUCGCUUCCUCUUCGCCAUUUUCCCCAUCUGUGUGUGCAUCAGCGGUUUCGCAAUUCUACUGGCCGUCCACGACAACCACAGCGUGCAGUAUGGAGCACUCUUCCUCAUCGCAAUGGGCGCGUACACAGCCAUGCCCGUCAUUGUCUGCUGGUUCAACAUGAAUCUCGGUGGUCACCACCGUCGCGCUAUCGGCUCCGCGUGGCAGGUUGGUUUUGGUAAUAUUGGUGGUAUCAUCGCCGUGUAUGCUUUCCUGAAAAAAGACGCCCCGCGCUAUGUUCCUGGAUAUUCCAUCUCGAUCGCAUUUGUCUGCUUGAGCGCGCUAAGCUGCAUGGUGUACUUUACCAUGUGCACCUGGCAGAACCGCAGUCGCAACAAGGCGGCGAGGGAUUUGGGAUUGUCCGAGUACGAGAAGACGGAGUUGGGCGAUAUGAGUCCGGAUUACAGAUACUUGCUGUAG